UUGCUACUCUGCAAACCACACACACCAUUUAGAAACAGAGAAAGAGAGAGAGAGAGAUUAAAGAUCGAAAAAGAAUGGCAGCUUCCAUGGCAAUGACAGCAUCAUUUCUCGGCAUCAGGCAGGCGCCGGCCGGGAUAAGCAACCGCAGGAGUAGUGUCGUGAUGGCAAAGGCCAGCUCGACGGUGAUGAAGAUCGAGAACCAGGAGGAAGAAGAGAAGAAGAGCAGCGGGAGGAGGGAGCUUGUGUUCGCGGCGGCGGCGGCAGCCGUUUGUGGCGUGGCUAAGAUUGCAAUGGCGGAUGAAGAGCCAAAACGUGGUUCUCCGGAAGCCAAGAAGAAGUAUGCCCAAGUUUGUGUCACAAAUCCCACUGCCCGCAUAUGCCGUUACUAAUAAAUUCAGAAAGAAAGACAGACAGAGAGAAAGAGUCUAAUCGAGUAUUCAUUUAUUGAUCAGAUCAAAUGUAUGUAAGAAGAAGACUUUUCAUCUGCUGUAGUACUAAUAUUGCUUGUUCAUCAAUCUCGAAUGCUUGUUGUUUUUUAUUUUAUUU